AAGGAAAGUAAAAGUCGCCAAAAUGUUGACAUUUUGUCCAACAUGUGCUAAUGUUUUAGUGGUUGAAGAAGGACAGAAUUGCUAUCGAUUUGCUUGCAACACCUGUCCAUAUGUUCAAAAUAUUCAGAGAAAGAUAACAUCAAGAAAAUAUCCAAAAUUGAAGGAGGUUGAUGAUGUAUUGGGUGGAGCAGCAGCAUGGGAAAAUGUAGAUUCUACAGAAGAAACCUGUCCAAAGUGCAGCCACAACAGAGCAUAUUUCAUGCAGAUACAGACGAGAUCAGCUGAUGAGCCCAUGACAACUUUUUACAAAUGCUGCAAUAUGGAAUGUUCCCACUUAUGGAGAGACUGAAAACACUUUAUACAAAAAAAAAAAACAUGAAAAAGAUGUGAAAUGUGUGACAUUAACAACAUCUUUUUCUUUAAAAUGCCUCAGAUCUACAUUGGACACAGGAACAUAACUAGUUCUGGCAGUAAUUUACCUCUACUGGGGGUAGUGAAGGAGGUCUAACAUAGCAUUAUUCAGCCACAGUCUUGAUAUUACUUGUGUACAUGGCAAGUGCUUUUUUUUCAAAGCCAAAAAAGUGUUGAGUGAAUAUUUUUUUUCAUUCAUAAUCUAAAUCGUAAUGAAUUAAUUAUGCAAAAAUAGCUCAUUGUACAUUGCACAAUGUAAUCAAUAUUCAUGUUUAUACAGUGUGUGAUGCAUGAGUUUUGAAUGAUCAUAGAAGAGAAAAUUUUUUAUAACCUCCUUAUCAUGAAUCCUCAGAUAUCUCGAAGUUUAAUCACAGUCCUAUUGUCAGUUGAUUUGGAAAUAAAGAUGUUUGACUCUUACA